CCUGCCAACCUGGCGUUCUCUAGUCAAGAGUUCAUCCAAACUGAUCUUCUUUCACUAAGGACUCGAGUUCCACAGGCUCUGCUUGACUUGAUGUUCGUGUACAUAAAACAUGGAGAUGGUGAGCAGUUCCUCACCAACACCAACUGCCCCGUCAUGCUUCUGCUCCAGUUCAUACGAGCCAAGCUUGGGCUGCUAGAAUCAGACUUGGUGGAUCUCUGUGAUGAGCGGGGUGUCCUGAAGCUCCUCUUUUUAACACCCCAGCCACAGGAGAGCGCCAGUCGUCUGCUGCCUUCCCGAUGUACCUUCACCGUCUGUUCCAUUAACCGACAGUCCGAUGGGUCUUAUGCCUCAAUCACACCACAACUGGUGAACCCUGAUCCCGCUCUACUAGAGGCCUUGCAGACACAGACUGACAGUUUGGAGAAGGCCCGUCUCAAGCAGGUUCGGACCUUAGAGGACAAGCGGUCACCAGGGGAGACGCCCACCCAGGUCCAGGCCACUCCCCAAGCAAAAGGAAAAGGCAAAAAUGUUCACAUGGACACACCGGACGAGGAGCCACAGCGCCGCACAGGCAGUCGAAGAAACAGGAAUUGAGGAUAUUAGGCCUACAGGAAUAAGCAUACACAGAUUAACCAGUUAACUCAUGCAUGCUUUUU